AUGGAAGAGACUAAAUUUCAUUAAUUCAAGAAUGGAUUCAUUUCAAAGAAUCCGAAUCAAAAUUCUGAAAGGCUUAUUAAGAUCAAUACGCAAUAUUCCCAAUACCAAUCUUAAAGUCAGAGAGUCAAAACUGAAAUCAAUUAGGCUUCUUUAAGUUCAAGAUUGGAAAAAUCUAAAACUAUUUCUUAGUCUACCUACUAUCAGUCGCCUCUAUUGAGAGAUGGUCAGCUGGAUUAAAUAGACAAAUUGAAGAGAAUGGAUAAAAAUGAUUUUUUUGGUUAACUGAAUAGUUAGGAUCCAUAUAGAUACCCUAAAAAACUAGAGGAAUUGCCAUGGAAUCCAUCCAAAAGUACAAUCUCUUAAGCUAAGGUGGUUCUACCAUUAGAGCAAAUGGAUAAGGUCAUUCCCUUAUCCAAAUUUUCCAGUAACCUUACUAAAAGAGUGGUCAAAGAUAAGAUCCACCGAGGCAUACCCCUCAAACACGAUGUCCAGAUGCUUGCAGAAUGGACUGACCUAAUGCUUGAGUAGGCAGUAGAGAAAAAUCAAGGACAAUCAGCAAACAUGUACGAGGAUCUAUAGUAAAUCUUUACUCUUUGUUUGAAGGAGUUGAUUAGAUAGAUUUCAUUUGAUUGUAUUGAGAAGAGUGUACUUUUGGAGAAGAUUUGGAAUCAAUACAUAGAGAUAAACUAAUCAGUAUAUUAGUCAGUUCUCGAAUAAAACAACACAUUAGAGAAGGAUCAUUUACAGGAAGUAAUGAAAACUCAUUAGGCGUAUCAAAUUGAGAUUGACAAAUAUUUGAUGAUUUUGAAGAAUCAAAAGUCAGAUAUGGAUUAAAUUAUGGAAAGAUUGAUGAAGUUGAAAGGAAAUACAAAAUAUUUAAAAAAAAAUAAUCGAUAUUUGAAUUCUUAAAUAAAGACAUUGAAAGUAGAGAUUUAGGAUUUGAAAACUGAAAAUAAACAAUAUUCUGAUUAGAUAGAGAAGAUAACUGAUGAUUUGCAUGAGUACUAAAGAAAUGUGCAGUUUCAGUAUGAACAAUUUUAAAUGUCCAACCAAUAUCAACCUAAAAUAGAGUAUGAAUAGGGGCUAGUUAAGAAGAAGAUCAUGAGGGCUGGAACAUAAAAACAAUUGGUGAUUCAUUAGAUCCCAUAAUAUCAAUUGCCUGUGAUUAAGCCAAUGAAGAGAAAGAGUUUCUAGAAUGCAGAACAAUAACCGACAUAGUAAGAGAAAAUGCAGAAAAUACUAAAUGAUAGUGCCUCAUUCAGCAAUAUCGAAAUAUUAUUAGAGGAAAGAGCUACAGAUACAGAUGAUUUAAAUUAGAUUUUGUAGUUAAGAAAGGAAGUGGAAAUCUAAACAAUAGAGAAGAAGAGUCUAACUAUUUCUAUUCCUAAAUUUGAAUUGAGAGACAGAAGACAACAGAUAAUUUAGACUGAAAUAUCUUACUUAAAUAAAUCUACUAAGGUUACUCAAACAGAGUUUACAGAGGAACUUUUGGAAUCUAUCAAAUUGGAGGAAGAACAUCUUUUGUAACUACAUGAAGCUAUCUAAUAAGCUACAGAACAAUACCAAUAAAUAUUGCACCAAAUAGAGAAGGGACAAUAACCUAAAUUGAAAGAGUUAUAUGACUAUUUAGAUGAAUUUUAAAAUUCAAUGAAAGAAAACAUUAGCAAAUAAAAGGAAAUUAGAACUAAUUUAAUUUUAGUUAAUAGUACAUUUAAGGAUGAAAAUAAUAGAAAAGAAGAGUAAUUAUAAUAAUACGUACUUAUAUCUUAUUUUAUGAAGUAAAAAAAAGUAGCUGAGUUAGAAAGAGCUAAUGAACUUGCCAAUCAAGAAAUGGGAGAGUUGGAAAAUCAAUUGGAAAUUUACGAAAAGAUAAAUGAUAAAAUUGAAAAAAAGUAUUAAAAAUUGAAGUCCAUCAAAACGAACAUGGUUGAAAAAUCGUAAACUCUUGUUGUCUAACUCACCUAAACUCAUAAAUUCGCUGAAAUCAUGAAAAAAAGAAUUUAAGAUAAAAGAUUAAGUACAUUAGGUCCAAUUUAAAGUAAUUCAAAAUAAAGAAUCUCAAACGUUUCUCCCUUAGGAUCUAUGAUCACUACUAGUUAACCUGUGAAUUUCGUGCAAACCUAACAAAGUGAACAAUAAUUGUAAUUGGAAAAGAAAGAGGAAUUAUUGCCUAUUCCAGAGAAAACCUCUCUGAAGAAAUAAUCAAGUAAAAAGAAUUUAGUUCAAUAACCAUAAUAAUAACAAGUAAUGUAAUAUCGACACGCUUAAUCCUAAAACACUUUAGAAUUACCUUCAGUCUAAUAAGAAAAACAAUUCUCUUCUCAAUAUAACAUCUCUGUAAUUGAACCCGAAGAUAACUAAUUUGCAUCAUAGAAAAUUCCAUCUCAGUAAACUAGUCAGUUACCUAGUCAAUAACCUAGUUAAUAGUAAAGUGAAGAAGAAGGCACCGAUAUGUAAUUGACUCCAAGAAGUAAAGCAUCAAAUUAGUCAAAGUCAAGGCCUACCUAAAAAAUUCAAUUGCCUUCUAAUCAAGGAGCCAAAAAGGGAUCAAAGAUAUAAAAGAAAGGGUCUGUUAUGCCUUAGCAAAAUGAUUAGGUCCAAUUCCUUUAAGAAACCAUAACAAACUUUAUCAAUUAGAACUUCAGUUCUAGUGAUUCAGAUAGCGAUGAUUCAGAGUAUAACAUGAAAUUAGAAGAAAUCAAACAAAGGAAAAGAAAGAUCGGAUAAAAUAAGAAAUCUUAUUUUUCAUAAGCGCCAAAAUUCUAAAAUAAGUAGUCUAUUGACAGUCCUGGGUUAAAUAUGCUGAGAAAUAAUAUAAUUAAAUAAUUGGCUACUAAAUUUGCUACUAAUUAAAAGGAGAUCACUUCAAAAAUGAAAAAGGGCAAUGUCUUAAAAUUCAUUACUUAAUUUUAUGGAGAAAAGUUAAAAUAAACUUAAAAUAAAACAUCAUUACACAUCAUUUGUUAUGAAUACUUUUUUAACACUUACGGAUUUAAAAAUAUAGCAGAACAGAAAUUGACUAGUUUUUAUGAAUCAAUUUUUGUACAUAGGGACAACAUAAGAAUUAAUUUAUUUGGAAGAUUCCUACAACUUUAUAGUUCUUUGACAGUAGAUGAUCUCGAGAUAUACAUUAAAACCUUAAAGUAGUUGGAUGAGGAGAAUCAAACACUAGACACAGAUAAAGGAUAAUUUAUUUUGGUUGAAAAAGCAAUUCAGAUUCUUGAUCAGACCCAUUCUUAAAUACCCUAAGAAUAUAGAAAUAAUAUCAUCUCAGAUAUUAAAAUGAAUUACAUAGAGAGAAAUUUGAAGCCUUACAUUGACUAUGACUAUUACAUCAGCAGAAUUCUGACAGGUUAUUAGAUUGUUAAGAAGAUGCAUAUGACACACUAUUAAGAAGUUUUUAAUUCUGCUGAUAUGGAUUUAGAUAAUAUGAUGGAGUACUAAGAAUUCAAGAAAUUAUACUAUUAUUUUGAAUCUUGCCAAGGCAAUUCAAUUCCUGAGAGCAUUAUGGAAAGAUAAUUUAUAUCUAGAUGCGAUUUAAUAUCCAAUAAUGAGGGAGAAAGAGCAAUGUCAUUUGAUAGAUUCAUUACGUUUUCAAUAGAACAUAACUUAUUUUCCGAAGAGAAAUUCACUAACUUUGCAAACAGUGUGAUUGAAGAAGACCCAAUCAAAAGCAUAGAGGAUUUGCAUAAGAAUUGGAGUUAUGUUAAGGAAAGGCUAAUUAACAGGAUUUAAUAUGCGGCAGAGGAUGAAAUCGAGUACUUCCAGAGUAUCAUAAAAAAGUUAGAAUAAGCUUUGACCAAUGACGAUAGACGAUAAAGCAUAUGGAUCUCAUAUAAAAUCAUUGAUAGUGAUACAAGAUAGUUAUACAUCAACAAAUUAGUAGAUAGUUUGAUUCCAUCAGAAUUCAAUGAUAUUAUUCAAUUUGAUGAUUAUUCCUCUGAAGACAAUAACUGA